AUGACUUACAUUCGGCAGCAUCAAUUGCCCAAUCUCAAGACUUAUCGAUAUGCUGGAGUGGAUCACUCGCUGAUCAGUCGAUAUGUCCUCAAGCCUUUCUAUAACCGAUACGUGAUCAACUGUUUUCCCAUGGGCAUGGCGCCUAAUGCCAUUACCCUGACAGGGUUCUUAUUUGUGGUAAUCAACUUCAUCACCAUCUUAUGGUACAACCCAACGUUAGAUCACGAUUGCCCUCCAUGGGUCUAUGCCACUUGCGCCAUUGGGUUGUUCCUGUAUCAGACGUUCGAUGCAGUAGACGGCAUGCAAGCGCGGAGAACCAGACAAAGCAGUCCCCUUGGGGAGCUGUUUGACCACAGUGUUGAUGCAUGCAACACGGCUCUCGGAGUGGUAAUCUUUGCUGGGGUGACGAACCUUGGUCAGACCUGGGCUACUAUACUGAGUCUCUUCGGAGCCACCAUGACCUUCUAUGUUCAAACUUGGGAUGAAUACUAUACUCAAGUUUUGACUUUGGGAAUCAUCUCUGGUCCUGUUGAAGGUGUCUUGACUCUGUGCACCGUGUUCGCUUUCACUGCCUACCAGGGCAGUGGCAGCUUCUGGCACCGCCCCAUGCUUGAGACAAUCGGUGUCCCCAAGUUGGAUAUGAUUCCCGCUCAUAUAUAUGAGAUGCCCUUUACGCAGUGGUACCUGAUCUACGGCGCCAUCAUCCUCUUCUUUGCCACUGGGUCCAGCAUUGUGCAUGUCAUGAAGGUUCAAGCUGAACGUGGAAAGGACACGGUUAAACCCCUUUAUGGUUUGAUCCCUCUGGUUACAAUGUGGACGCUUGCACCCGUCUACCUGUACCUGCAACCUACCAUUUUGGAACACUACACGGUUCCUUUUAUGCUGUUCGUGGGCUUGAUCAACGCCUACGCUGUGGGCAACAUGAUCGUUGCACACCUAAUCAAAGCGAGCUUUCCUUUCUUCAAUAUCAUCAUCGGUAUUGCCCCUCUCGCCUUGGCUGUGCUGGACAGUGCUGCAUCCUUGGUUGGUCUUUGGCAGAGUGUUCUUGGUAACGGACCCGGUCAAAUCGCCUAUCUCUUCGUAUGUCUGGGUCUGGCCAUUGGUGUGUAUGGGAGUUUUGUGCACGAUGUUAUCACUACGAUAUGUGAUUACAUUGAUAUUUGGUGCUUGACCAUCAAGCAUCCUCAUGUGGAAGAGCGGCCAAUUGCUAACGGGCAAGCCAAGAAAGUCCUGAAUAGCGCUGGUAAAUACAAGCUAUACCUCAACGGACAUAACAAAGGGUAUGAUUGGCUACUGCUUGGCCGGGGAUGGGGCGAGCCCGCGGCCCGUGCCAAAAUUACCAGUAAGAGGAAGAGAAUUCCCCUUCAAACUUCGCCAUCUCCACGAGACCACCUCUUCGCUUCAACACCCCUCAAGCAGGCCAUCUCCAUCAGCGCAGCAUUUCAAUCCAUUUCGCUGAUCGACUUUUUGUCUCGUCAAGAUGCGGUUCUGCUGGUCGUCUGCACAGACUCGGAGCUUGCUGUUCUCGCGGUCGACCUCCUCAACCCUACUCCUCAGGCUGAGGCUCGCAAGCACAAGCUUAAGACCCUUGUGCCUGCUCCCCGUUCCUUCUUCAUGGACGUCAAGUGCCCCGGCUGCUUCACCAUCACCACCGUCUUCUCCCACGCCCAGACCGUCGUCGUCUGCGCCGGCUGCUCGACCGUCCUUUGCCAGCCCACCGGUGGCAAGGCCAGACUCACUGAGGGCUGCUCUUUCCGGAGGAAGUAA